AGAUCAACAUGGCGGGCCGGCCAACUGUUUCAGCAUCAAGCAGGUGGCUGGAAGGUAUUCGAAAAUGGUAUUACAGUGCUGCCGGGUUCAAUAAACUGGGCUUAAUGCGAGAUGACACAAUAUAUGAGAAUGACGAUGUAAAAGAAGCCAUAAGGCUUCCUGAGAACCUUUAUAAUGACAGAGUGUUUCGCAUUAAGAGAGCACUGGACCUCAGCAUGAGGCAGCAAAUCCUGCCUAAAGAGCAGUGGACAAAAUAUGAGGAGGAUAAAUUCUACCUUGAACCGUAUCUGAAAGAGGUUAUUCGGGAAAGAAAAGAGAGAGAAGAAUGGGCAAAGAAAUAAUUCAGUAAUCUAUAUCUGUGGAUACAGCUGUUCUCAAGUAUUUUUAUGAAGUUGGUUAAACCUGAAGUGUACAAUGUAGAACUAUUUGGGCUGUAAAUGUAUUACUUUAAAUACAUAUUAUAACUAUUGUUGG